AUGUACCCCAGCCAUCCAGAUUACAUCCUCUGUGAAGAAACCCAAAAUGCCGAUGCCAAUUCCGACACCACUUUCCCUAGCCGUAUGGUACCUAUUGACAUUCGCUGUCUUUUGUUCUUGAGGAAUGAGAUCCCGGAUGAGCACCCAGCCGGUCCACAGGAUAUUGAUACCGCUCUCGAGUGGACCAAAGUUUCUUCCAAGGCGUGGACUUUACCCUGGUCAGCUCAUAUCCAAUCGAUGCACUGGAAGGAAUUCCACGAUGGUGCUUUGGCUUUUUCAUCUCAAAAGUGCUUGGCUCUCCUCCCUGCUAUGCAAAAGGCAAACCAAGGAAAGGAGAUCAGCUGGUUUGGGUCAAUUUCCGGCCACCCAAAGUACGGACCCCCACACGGAUUUCUGCUCCAAGGCCACCUGGACUUUUUGGGCUUUGGUGCGGCAGCUUACAAGGCAUACCCCGCGGAUGUCAAGUUUCGUUUGAUUAUGAAGGACCCGCGCGAGGAACCAUCUGUUUUGAAGUAUGCAUGGACUUUGUUGGAAGAUGCCCACAACAUUGUCAUCACCGGCGGCCCAAGAAUCUUGCUGACCGAAACCUAUAAGAGGUGCCUUGCCUCUGUGGCCAAUUCCCGGGAUAGUUGGGACAUGGACGAGUUGGCGAGCACCAAUAACGAGUCAAAUGAUCCCAGCAAAGGACAUGUUGCCAAGCAUCCACAAAACUAUGUGCACACCCCCACCGACAAUAGUAGCGACAUCGAAUUCGUUGACCUUCCAAAACGCCUCUUUCUUCCCGAGGAAAAUCCCGCUCCCAAUCAUCUCGAGGAGGAAACCAAUUUGAAAUGCCCCGUCAAAAACCUCAGAGUCCCGAUGGGUCCCGUGCGCCGUUCCGUGGAACAAAUCAACAUGGAGACUUACCUGUGGGUUGCCCACAUUGAUGCGAAGGACACAGAAACUCGCGAAAUCCUCAAGAAACAUCAUAUCACGCACUGGACGUUCUUCCGGAGCUCUGACGAGGACGAUCUGAUGGCUCUUGGUUUCUCCAUCGGCGCCGCACGCUCACUCUGGGAAGGCGUGCCCAGAUUAGAGGAGUAUGUUGAUGACAUGGAGCGUAACCAAGCGCUUAGUCUUGGAAAAUAG